AUGAGAAUGUCACUCGAACUAGCAGAAGCUCUCCCGAGCAUUGUGAAGCGCAAAUUUGAAGCUGCAAAAGCCUCGUCAGAUCUGAUCUUCUCACCAACAGACGUGGCACUCAUCCGCACGUCAAAUGGCAUUCCUUUUCAACUGCGCUAUUGCCCUUCACUAGCAAAGAAGCCUCUACCGAAACUUGCGGGUGCCACGCCCAAGCAAAAGAUUGACCCCUUCGAAAACCCGCCAGAAGCACUACACCUUGUUGACAUCCCGACCACGAACCCCACGCAUUUUCUCGUACUCAACAAGUUCCCGAUAAUAUCUCAGCAUUUCAUUCUCGCCACAAAGCUAAACAAGAAGCAAACACACGUGCUGGAGCAAGAUGAUCUGGAAGCGACAUACGCUUGCUUAAAGGCAUGGCACGAGGAGGGAGACGAACCACAGAGGCGCCUUCUCGCCUUCUUCAACUCGGGAGAGCAUAGUGGCGCGUCUCAACCACACCGACACCUACAGUUUCUACCGGUAGAACGCAUGCGCGACACUGAAAAGACCAAUGGCUGGAACAUGCUCAUAGACCUAAUACUAUCGUGCCAGGAAGCCAACCCACCAGACACCCCAGCCGGGCUAUUACAGAACCCUCGGCUCCCCUUCACACACUUUGCUCAGCCCUUCGAUUCGGAACCCUCAGGCCCCCAGCUACUUGAUAUGUAUAACCGGUUGUAUAAAGAAGCAAAAGCGUCGGUCGAGGCGUUCGUCUCGUCACACCCAGAUCAGCUUGCUUUGCACCCAGUCGAAAACGGCGAUUUACCAAUCAGCUAUAACCUCGCCAUGACCACGGCAGGCAUGGUCAUCUUGCCCCGCCGUGCAGAAGGUACCAUGCUCCACGGCGACGACGGCAGUGAGAUUGGCUUCGUCGCACUCAAUGGCACAACAUUAGCUGGUACCAUGAUGGUUAAGAACCAAGGCGAGUGGGAUAUGCUAAGAAGUCAGCCUGGACUGCUUGACUCCAUUCUCGCCGGCAUCGGCAUUCCCAAAGCCGCUGCUACGGCUAAAUUCGGUGCUUCAAAUAUAUGA